AUGAGUUCCUAUUUUGUCAACUCCUCGUUCCCGGUGUCUCUGCCGGGGACGGGCGGGGGAGGCCAGGCAGCUGCCGCGGAGUCGUUCCUGGGUCAGAUUCCGCUUUACUCCUCCGGCUACGCGGCAGACCCGCUCCGGCACUACCCCGGGGCGGCGGUGGCGUAUGGAAGCAGCCAGGACAAACCGUACGCCGCGUCUCCGUACUAUCAGCAGAACGGUGCAUACGCAGGACACCGGGCGGCGGGGGCGGCUGUCGGGGUCGGGGGCGCGAGCGGAGCCUCCGCCUGUGACUAUGCCACAGCGGCAGCGGCGGCGGCGGCGGCGUGCGGGUUUUACCGGGAUAAGGAGCCGUGCAGCCUGGAGGAGCAGCUGCUGCAGGACGGGGUGCACCGGAAAGUGGAGUGCGCGGGGCUCAGCGCCAAAGGGCUGUUCGGAGAGCUGGAGGAGAAGCCGUCGGCGUCAGCCCCCAUCUACCCCUGGAUGCAGCGCAUGAACGCGUGUAACGGGACCUUCGGCAGCCCGGGGAGGCGCGGGCGGCAGACGUACACGCGCUACCAGACGCUCGAGCUGGAGAAGGAGUUCCACUUCAACCGGUACCUGACGCGGAGACGGCGCAUCGAGAUCGCGCACGCCCUCUGCCUCACGGAGCGCCAAAUCAAGAUCUGGUUCCAAAACCGGCGGAUGAAGUGGAAGAAGGAAAACAAACUGAUCAACUCGUCUUCUUCCAACGCGGACGGAGACGAGCUGGAGGAGAAACGGUCGGAGUGAGAACCCGACGCAGGGGACACGGACACGUACGGACUCGCGGACGUUAAGUGACAAGGGUGCAAAAGACAUCCGUGUUAACUUUUUUUUUUCUGGGAGUUUUACGCGACUCCGCUCCAAACCACGAGGAUCUGCCACCAACGUCCCACGCAAAUGUACUGUAUCCGCCCUAUCUCUCUCCGUGUGUGGUCUAUGAUACAGUAAUAACACAGUAACUAUAGCACUCCCGGGAUGAGCCACGUGACUGCUGCGAGGAGAGGAGAGACGCACGCGAUUAGAAUUACAAUUGGGACAAGUGUGUUAAAAGCCAUUACGCAACCCCUCCCCACACUUGUUUUAAGAAGAAGCAAACGAUGACGCAUUCCUAAACUUAGUCGUAUUAGUACUUGUUGUCCGCACUUGUUGAGAAAAAAAAGAGAAAAAGAAAAAAACUUAAAAUAUUUAGGGAAAUUCCUUUUUGUUUUGUGUAAAUAUUAGAAUUGUGCUGAGGUCGAUUCGAUUCGGAGCGAGCGCGCGGCCACGUAAAGGCGCGUUGAUGUCAUUGGGCCAAGGACGAACGUGCGUCUCCCCCCAAAUAAAACUACCUAAAGCGUUCAG